AAAUUUAAGUACUUUUUGUACUCCAAACUCGAACGAAGGGUAAUGAAAAAUUCGUAAUCUUUCAAACAAUUUUUUUUAAAUUAAAAUAUUUACGCAAACUCGUCGCCAAGUCCUUUGUGAACUGUCGCUCAAUCAUUUUUAUACAGAAUUGUGAUAAUGUCUGAUCUUCAAAUGGAUUGUGCUUUGGAUCUAAUGAGACGAUUGCCACCUCAGCAAAUCGAGAAAAAUCUCAUUGAUUUGAUUGAUUUGGUUCCGGGUCUGUGCGAGGAUUUACUGUCUUCCGUCGAUCAACCACUCAAAAUAGCAAAAGAUCGUGAAUCAGGAAAAGAUUAUCUACUUUGCGAUUACAAUCGGGAUGGUGAUUCGUAUCGAUCGCCAUGGUCCAACACUUACGAACCGGCCCUGGAGGAUGGUUCGAUGCCAUCGGAGCGGCUAAGAAAAUUGGAGAUUGAAGCCAAUCUUGCCUUUGAUCAGUAUCGUGAAAUGUACUACGAGGGUGGCGUAUCAUCAGUGUAUCUGUGGGACUUGGAUCACGGAUUCGCUGGAGUAAUUCUAAUCAAAAAAGCUGGCGAUGGCAGUAAGAAAAUUAAAGGCUGUUGGGAUUCCAUUCAUGUUGUUGAAGUGCAAGAGAAAAGUUCCGGACGCACGGCACACUACAAAUUAACAUCGACAGCUAUGCUGUGGCUACAAACAAAUAAAAUUGGUUCCGGAACGAUGAACCUCGGCGGUAGUUUGACACGACAGGUCGAACAAGAUGCAAGUAUUAGUGAAUCAUCACCACACAUUGCCAACAUCGGACGUAUGGUGGAGGAUAUGGAAAAUAAAAUCCGAAGUACUCUCAACGAAAUUUACUUCGGUAAAACGAAAGACAUUGGUAAUGGACUUCGAAGCAUUCAGUCGUUAGACGAUCAAAGACAACAGGCCGGUAUGAAACAGGAAUUGGCUAAAGCGUUGGUGCGUCGAAAUGUGAAAGGCGAUAACUGAAAUUGGGCUCGCAUUGACUUUUGUUGGGAAUGACGAUUUGGGUUGCCCAUGUCCAACUUUCGCAACUCCAGUUUCUACCCCUUUUUUAUUUAAAAAAAAAAACUUUUUUUUAUCACAUUUUGAUGUGCAAUCCAUGAGUCAUUAAUAACUUGUUUUUCCACAAAUAAAUCGAUAAGAUAAAUUUCUAUCGUCAAUUCGAGACUGUGUUGCACUUACAUAAUGUUAUUUACAAAAUAUACCGAGAAAAAAACAUAAAAAGAAAAA